GGGAGGCAAAAUCCGACUCACACGUCCUCGUCGUGCCUCCUGGAUCAUGGGACUGAUUCCAUGAACCAACGUGAGCGGUAACCCGGGUGGUGGAGAUCGGGCUAAUCACCCUCUCUAUCUAUACCCACCCCUGAUUACGAACGCUACAAAGAAUCAUUGCACAAUUAUACCUGGAAUAAAAAAAGACAAAAAAAAUGCCCAAAAUUACCAAAAACUUAAAAUUGGUUUAUGGAAUGUCCGGGGUUGCUCACAAGAAAGCAAACUCCAAGAGAUAGCAGAGCAAAUAGCUGAACGCAAGUACCACAUAGCAGUGAUCACGGAAACUAGGAUGGUCUCCAAAACCAUCGAAAUAGAUAACAGUGCAACUCUAUACAACUGCAACCCAAACAUCAACGACUACCGGAACACCGGUGUCGGCUUCGUCGUUAGUAACCACUCAAUGGUUACCGCCACUGACUUUAAAGAAAUAGACGGUAGGAUAGCCACCAUUAAAAUACGUAGUUUAGCCACUAGCCAAACUAUUAACCUUAUUGGCUGCUAUGCCCCAACUGAGUCUUCUAGUGAAGAUAUCAGUAAAGACAAAUUCUAUCUUAAACUCAAAAAUACAAUAAAACAACUCAAAUCAAAUAAACUUCCAAUACUAGUUCUAGGCGACUUCAACUGUAGGCUGGGCCAGGACCUUCACACUUACUACCCUAAUAUCGUAGGAAAAGCAAACAAUCUUGAGCCGGAAACGUCUGCGAAUGGCAUAAGACUAAUAAACUUAUGCGAAACAUUGAGUCUGCGAGUAAUGAACACGUUCAUUACUAAACCAGCUCACAAGACUCACACAUGGGUACAUCCAAAAACCCAAACCGGACAUAUAAUAGACCUAGUACUAACAGAAAAUAACUCUAGAAUAAUGGUUAGUGACAUUCACAAUAGUCGCUCAAUGGAAGCGAAUACCGAUCAUUACAUGGUCACAACCAUACUUAAACUAAAAUAUCUAAAUUAUAAUAAGAUUCCUAACACUAAUAGCAAACGUAAACAAAGGCAACGUAAGGCUAUACACGCCUUGAAUCCAGAAUACCCAAAUAUACUAAAUAACCUACUCCAAAAUAACCAUAAUCUCAACCAAAUCGAAAAGACGAUGAUACAAGCGGCUCAUAAAGCUGCAAUCCCUUAUAAGUCGGCCACCAAGAGAUGGCAACACAACAUAGGUAAUCUCUUAAAGGAAGAGAUUAAACAUAGAAAACAACUAAGACUAAACUGGCUAAACAAUCCUACAACCACUAAUAAAAAUCUAUAUAUGCAGACUAGUAAAAUAGUUAAAAACAAGGUUAAAUUAGCCAAAGACCAAUAUAUCAAAGACAGAAUAAGUGAGAUGAACUCAUACUUUAAGAAACAUGACUUACACUUAACAUAUAAAAUGCUAGAUGAUAUAUUGGCUACUAUACGGAACCACUCAUACAAGGCUAAGAGAACAAAUCAAGUUAAAGAUAGUGAUCUUCAAUAUCACUACCAAAACCUAUUUAAUGCUAAAUUAAACCUAAAUAAUACCCAAGUCCCUUUAAAAACUACCGAAGUUCCUGAACUAACACUAGAUGAAAUAAAACUUGGCUUAAAAAAUAUGAAAAAUCAAACUACCCCUGGUAGCAACGGCAUAACAACCGAAAUGAUAAAGCAAGGAGGUUAUAAACUAACUGACAUGCUACUCAAUAUAAUGAACAAGAUAUGGAAAAACCCAUGCACUAUGCCAGACCACUGGCUAGAUGCAGAGGUGAUAAGCAUAUACAAAAAUAAAGGACUAAGAUCAGACCCUAAUAACUACAGAAGUAUUUUCUUACUGGACACAAUAGGUAAGCUAUUUGCAGGCAUAGUCUGCAAUAGGCUUGUUCAACAAACAGAUAAUUACCUUCCAAUAACUCAAUUCGGAUUUAGAAAAAACUUAUCUACAAUUCACGCAAUCACAACGUUAAGACACCUAAUUCAAACCUCAAUAGACACAAACUGCACUAUAGUCCUAACCUUCGUUGACUUAACUAAAGCCUUCGAUACCAUUCCUAAACAAUUAAUAAUAGACACCUUAGCUAAAAUAUGCCCAUCAAACAAUAUAAAUUCCUGUAUAACUAAACUAUUAGACAAUCCUAAGGGACAUCUAAGAAAUACUGAACUAAAUUUCACAAUGCAUAGGGGAGUUAGACAGGGUAGUAAAGAAGGUCCGGCCAUCUUUAACCUAGUAUUCCAAAACAUAUUGGAACAUACAAUAGAUAAAACUUUAAAAGGAGUCACCCUAAGGGAUCAGCAUAAUAAAACUUGGACAAUUAAGCAUCUAGAAUAUGCUGAUGACUUAUGCUUAAUCACUAAUACAACGGAAGAGGCUACCAAAGCCCUAAACCACCUACAGCAAUACUUAACCAGUAUUGGUAUGGAGAUAUCAAUCUCCAAGACUAAAUACAUGAUAAUAAAUAAGAAAGGUAACUCAGCAAAUGUCAAAAUAGGCAACAAGGAUAUAGAAGAAGUAGAAUCCUUCCACUAUCUUGGUUCAACCAUAAAUAACAAAGGAACUCCGGAUAGUGCUAUCACCUACAACAUAGAAAAGGCAAAAAAUGCAAUAAUUAAAAUUAAACCAAUACUAAAAUCUAAAGAACUUAGCCUUGAUACCAAAAUGAAGCUGGUGGAUUCUUCAAUAAUCCCCAUUCUUACAUACGGUCUAGAAUCCAUAGUACUAAGAAAACAGGAUUGGUCUAGACUAGAAGCGGUGUUAAAUACAGUAAGACGUAUAAUUUUAGGUAUAAAUGAUAGAAAACAACUUACUGUUGAACAACUUAGACAUAAAAUAAACUUACCAAACUUAGCCAAUAAAAUCAUGCAAAACAGACUAAACUUGUGGUAUGUGGCACAUAAAAGACCAAAUAACCUAAUGGUGAGGUCUUUAAAUAGCAACUUUGAAAACCAGUGCAACAAUAGGAAGGCUCAUACUAGAAACUGGCUAAGACAACUGCUUCAAGACAUUAAGGAAAUGGGCGAACGCCUUCCUAGCAACUGGAUAAACCAACCCAACAAGGUUAAAAUAAAUACUCACCAAGAGUAUUUCCCCAAAAUUAUAGGAAAACGCCAAAUGAAGCAUGUAUGUCAAAAUGCAAACUGUAACAGAAUGUUUGCUACAAUUAAAGAAAUGAACAGACACCUUAGAAAUGAUCACCAAAAUAAAACUAACAGUGAGUCCCUAUAUAGCUGUCCCCUAUCUGACUGUAAUAAGACGUAUAAGACGUUGGGUUGGUUAAUUAGACACAUGCAAUCAUGCCACCCACAAUGUAACCUAGCUAAAGCUGAACCAAAAAACAAAGUUAAUAAAAUAGACUCCAAAAACGAUCAAAAUAAAUGUCCAUACCCAGGCUGCAACAAAACUUUACCAACUAAAAAAGGCAUAAUCAAUCACUGCUAUGUAGUACAUAGGUGGUCAGCAAUCACCGGACAGGAAGUAAAGCCAAAGAAAAAAAUAACUGCGAAAACAGCUAUUGAGCCCCGGUAGUUGUGCCUUGCUUCAUUGUAGCCUCUUCUCCAGAAGGGCCAAUAGGCUUCACCAACCAGUUUGGCUGGAAGGGGCAGCACA